GGCCGGAGAAGUCUCUCAACUGGCCAAAAAAGAUGUUUUGUGCAAGAAACUCUCUGACGGGGAAUUGAACCCCGGUCUCCCGCGCUUUGCCAGAUGAGUGACAAGCGGAAAUCAUGACCACUAGACCAUCAAAGAUGUUGUUACUGUUGAAGUGACUCCCACUAUUUGAAAAUUUAUAGCGCCAAGAUGAAGCAAAUUUUUGAGAAACUAGUGGACAGCACACUAAAAAUCUUCGGAGAUAAUGCGUCAAAGCGUAAAACAGAGGCUGAGCCUGAGGCUGUGCAACUGAAUGCUGGCGCAAGUGACCAAAGCUUCAUCGUCCGCAGCUUUGCGCCGAAUCGUGACAGUAAGUAGCAGGCUGACGAUUUGUAAGUGAAAUUCGAAUGUUCUAAUUUAGGAUUUGGCUGAUAGGGCUCCAAAACACUGCAGACAAUAUUCGGCUUGGUACCAUCCAUAAGCUUCCGGCGAUGAGAAUGUAGAACAAACUCAGAAACACGUGGACAGCAGUGUAGGAUCGCGAGACUGGGCUGGCUUUCUGCACGUGAUAUG